CUCAAACCGUGUCUUUUGUCUCCAACUGCGGUCAUUCGGCCUCACUUCGCAGACAUCAUCAUCUGUCUCUCCUUCACCCUCGAGAAAUGCUGGCAGACUGUCUGCGAUGACACCGGCAUGUCCCGGUCUUUGUUUUUUUUCUUACUCGUCGCCAUCUUCGCCUUGACUGCCCGUGCGACCGACUACUUUGAACAGUUGACCCUCACUCCUCUUCCUCUCGGAUCCCUCCUCGCCUCUUUCGACUUCCGCAGUAAUGAGACCCUUCAAGACUACGAAGCUCAGAACUACAGAUACUUCCCCCGGUCUCUAGGUCAGGCGUUAAAACAUGCAGACACCAAAGAAUUACAUUUGAGAUUCACCACCGGGAGAUGGGACCCUGAGACUUGGGGUGCCAGACCUUGGAAUGGUUUCAAGGAAGGCGGCACAGGAGUCGAGUUAUGGGCUUGGAUCAAUGCCGCCACCGAAGAAGAGGCUUUUCAAAAAUGGUCGAAAUUGACCCAGUCGCUUUCCGGCUUGUUUUGUGCGUCCAUCAACUUCAUCGACUCUACCAGGACCACCAAACCUGUCCGGAGUUUUGAGAGUGUAGCGACAUAUCCAGCACAGGGUCACAAUCUUCAUCUGCUACAUGGCGUCCUUCCUGGAGAAGUCGUCUGUACGGAGAACUUGACUCCGUUCCUCAAGCUGCUGCCUUGUAAAGGCAAGGCUGGAAUAUCUAGCUUGUUGGAUGGUCACAAGGUCUUUGAUGCCUCCUGGCAAAGCAUGUCAAUCGACGUGAGACCAAAGUGUGAUCUAGGACCUGGUCACUGUCAGAUUGAAAUCGACCAGACCAUUGAUGUGGUUCUCGACAUUGAAAGGUCUAAGAGACCUAGAGAUAACCCCAUCCCUCGACCCGUCCCCAACGACCAAUUGAUCUGCGAUGAGACAAAACCAUACCAUUCUCACGACACUUGCUAUCCCAAGGAUAUGACGGACGACAUGGCAUGGUCGUUAAAGGACGUUUUUGGGAGGACGAUGGCAGGUGCCUGUCCCCUUGCCGAAGAAGAGGGACCGGAAGCCAAAUCCGUCUGUCUCAAUGUUCCACAUGAUCGAAUGGUGUUUAUUGGUGCCAGUGGAUUCGAGAGCAAAUCUCCGCCAGGCGAGGCUGAGAGAAGAUGUUAUCAAGUCAUACCAAAGGAAGCCUUUGACCUGGAAUUGCCACAGCAAGGAUUAGACACUCGACAUGAACUUGACCCGGAGUUGUUGAGAGUGGAAAGGACCAUUACUGGUCACGGAGCAGCUCAAGGAGGGAUGAGAAUCAUCAUCACCAAUCCGUCGCCGACCCACGUCGUCGACUUUGUCUACUUCGAAAGUCUACCAUGGUUCCUGCGACCUUAUGUGCACACCCUCAAAGCACAGAUGACGCACAAUAGUGCCGAAUCCAACGAAUCCAUCAUCAAAGACAUGUACUAUCGACCAGCAGUUGACCGCAAGAGAGGCACGCAACUCGAAUUGGUCAUGUCUGUACCGCCCUCCAGCACUGUCAUGCUGACCUAUGACUUUGAAAAAGCAAUCCUCCGAUAUACCGAGUAUCCCCCAGAUGCCAACCGAGGAUUCAAUGUCGCCCCUGCGGUGAUCAGGGUUUUGGCCGAUCAUGGUCAAGGUGGUGUGUUCAAUGAUGUAUAUAUCCGAACCACCAGCCUCCUCUUACCUCUCCCCACGCCGGAUUUCAGCAUGCCGUAUAAUGUCAUCAUCUUGACGAGUACAGUGAUGGCUCUAGCCUUUGGAAGUAUCUACAAUCUCCUGGUUAGGCGCUUGGUGGCGGUAGAUGAAGUCGGGGAUGGUCGUCUGAAGACACUGGUCAAACCUAUCAAAGGCUUGGUGGUCAAGAUUAAAGACCGAUUUAGGGCAAAGGCAACCAAGGUAGAAUAGAGUAGAAUGAAAAGAAUGAAUGAUCAUG